ACAUUUUAUACGAUUUGUUAAAAUAACAAAUGUAUAUACAAAAAAUCAAAAACCAAAAAAUGAACAAUCAUAAUUAUUUAUGGACUAUUUUGCUGAAAAUUGAAUCAAAUAGAAAAUAGAAAACUAGAAAAAUAGAAGAAGAUUUCAUUGAAAUUCGUUGCAAUAUACCCUCAAACAAAUUUCUCUUUCUUAAUACAUAAAACAUGACGUCAAGUUACAAAACUUACAUUUCCUUAUAAAAUUCGAAUUAUUCCUUCUAAAUAUUACCUUCACAACUAACUAACACAAAAGGAACAUCAAAGAAUUGAUUAAUAAAUCAAUUUCACGCGUUCCUGGAACAUAUUAUUGACUGAAGUAAACCAAGAUGGCGGACAAAUUAAGUACAAUGCAGAGGCCAUCAACAGCGACGCACAAGAAAUUCGAAAUGUCUCGCAGAGCGAUGAGAAGUGAAUCAGGGGGAUUCUACGCUAAUAUUAACAAUCGUCCGGCGACUCCUAUUCAAAAUAUACUUUCAAGGCCGCCAUCGACAUCAGUUUUGUUUAAUCCUAUAAGAGCUGGCAGCUCGCGAUUAACCACAACCUCGAGCAGUUCUGCUCAUUUAAAUACAGGACUCUCGAUGGCUGGUGUAAAUGUUACAGAAAGACCCAUAACUCAGCAUGGAGUCGCAGGUGUUAGACCUGGAACAUGCAGAGGGUUAUCGAUGACGAGACAGAUCCAGGACAAAAGGUACUACAUCAGUGUCAUGCAAUUGAAGAUAAGGGAACUGAAUCAAGAAAUUUCUACUAUUACGAGGGACAUCGAAGAUCAAAAUAAAGAAAGAGCCACCUAUCUCCAUUAUGAUAAAAGAGCUAAGGAUUUAGCCGUGGAAUUAACAGCCUUGCAAGGACAAUUAGCUGACUAUAAUAUUGUUGUAGAUAAAAUGACAUCCAAUAUUGGAAAGGAUGUCAUCGAACAGGAGACAGAAGAACUCGCAUCCAAGAAUGAACAAAGUUUAUCUAAAAUCGAAAACAUGUUCGAAGAGAGGAAACAGCUGGAACAGCAGCUGAGUAAGACGGAGAAGCAAUUAGAGAAUGAGAAGAAGAGAACGGAGAGACUAGUGGAGAGCAUGAAUUCGAGUACGAGAGAGAAGUAUGAUAAAUUAUUAAAAGAAAGAGCCAGCUUGCAGGAGAAAGCGAAUAAAAUGCAACAGCAAUUGGAUGAGUUGUACAAAGAACAGGUUACUUUGGAAGAAGAGAUAGCAUUGUCUCCUUUGAAACAGGAAGCCGUCAAGCUGCAUCUUAAAAUUAUAGAGACAGAGGAGAAAAGAGGGAAAUUGCAGGAAGAAGAGAAACACAGAAUUUCACCGGAAGAAGAAAAAGAAAAAUUAUUACAGAAAAUUAAACAGCAUAAUAUGGACAUUGCAGCAGCAGAAGCACUACUUGUUGAGAAGAAGAAGCGCAUUCAAGAAGUUGAACAGAAGCUUGAACAAUUGGAAACCGAUAUAGAGGACACACAGUCUGAGAAACAAAUUAAAUAUAAAGAACUUCGCAAGCGAGAAGAAAUCAUGGAACAAUUCAUGUCUUCUUUCGAGCAAAAUAAACAGAACGAAAUGAAAAAAUUACACGGUUUGGAGGAAACAGUAGUUGAAAAUUUAAAGAACAUCUCGAACAUGCUGGAAAUUGAUAUAGAUUUUGUAGGCGGUGAUGAGAUAACUAUGUUAAACAGCAUACCUUCUUAUGAUGAGUAUCAACAUGGCAAAGAUCAAAGUUUGGAAGGAUUGACAAAAGAAAAUUUAAAGCUGCAGCAAAUUCUGAGUAAAAUGGAGAUGCUGGAGCAGCGACUUAAAGUAGAAUUCGCUGAUUUUGAUAAAAAAAUGAGUAAAAAUGAAAACAAAGUAAUGGUUUUGGAGGAUUUAGACAGUUUGAAAAAUAAAUUAGCAACAAAGGAAGAACAAUUAACGAUCAAAUUGAAAGAGCUAAAAGAACAGAGUUUAAAGCAUGAACAAGACCUAAAAGAAAAUCAACUCGAAUAUAAUAAUAUGAAAGAAAAGUUAGAACAUAACAAGGUAUACACUGAGAUUAACGUAUUGCAAAAUACAGUAGAAAAGUUAGCGGAGGAACAUGGAAAGAUUAAAGGUCUUAUCGCUGAUCAAAGGAAGCGUGGGGUUAUAUUGUAGUCCACAGUGCAUUGUUUGAACACAUUCACAGCAGAUUCGAUAUCACCUUUUAACAAAGGGACGUAAACCAAAUACCGGAGCACAUUGCUAUACAAGCAGUAACCUUUUUGAACGAGGAGAU